AUGUCGACGAGUUUCCCGAAUAGUAAUGGGAGCGUGCCGCCGUACAAUCCUCAAGCGAACGGUUCAUUCAAUCAGUAUGGUGGAGCUCCAGGUGGUGGAUAUCCGGGAAUGGAUCCUUAUGUAAGUUUUAACAUCUACGCUCAACCACCCAAUGGUUAUGGUGGUAUGCCACCUGCCCCUCCGAACAUGGGAGGCGCCGCUCCACCAGCUGCACCACCGGCGUCUUCAUCAAAAGCAGCACAACAACCACAACUUCCAGUACCUCAACAGUAUCCACCUGCAGGCACAAAGCUUCCCGCCUAUGACGCCAAUUCAAUGCAGAAUGGGUAUAUGAAUUACCCAGGGCAUCAGCCACGGCCCAAUGGACAGCCAGCUCAGGAAGGACCGCCACCCAACUACAGUGUUCAACAGAAUAUAAAUCCUUCGCAACCACACAAUCCAUAUGCUCCGGUUCCUGAUCCUUAUCGUAUGUACAAUGGGAUGCCAGCAGAUCCCCUGCCGGCGCCCUCUACUCAGAACGCAACAACACCUGCGACGUCAGCUUCGGCGAACAGUUUUGCUGCUCAGCCAACAGCUCCAACGUCACAGGCGCCCACCAACCCAUACCCAACACAACAGCCUCUUCCAGCUCAUCUUCACGGAGGAGCACCUCCUUAUCAAGGAAUGCCACCAAGUACUCCACUUCAACACUAUCAACCACCUGGAUACACUAAUGGAUCGUCUACUACGUCAACGCCGGCAAGACCUCCUGGAACCCAAGCAUUUCCACCAUUGCAACCUUCCAAGCAAGCAAAGCAAGACGAGUCUCGUCCCAACAACCCGGCUGCCGGAUCGACACCGAACUAUCCAUAUGGAUUCAAUCCGUUUCAAGGUGGACCUAACGGAUAUCCAUCAUACGGGCCUUCCCAUAUGAAUGGUGGUAACGCGACACCUGGAGCUCACGGACAACACUUUGGAUUUAACCCAUCGCUUUAUAGUAACCAAGGGCAGGGUCCAUCAACAUCAAAUAGUGCUUCUGGACCAAACACGCAGCCGCAUCAACCUCCAUCACAAACUCCGGAACGCAGAACACCAAAUCAAUCUACUCCGACUACUCCAAUUGUUCCAAUCAGCAACCCAUAUGCAUCUGUCGGAGGCGCUGCCCAGGGACAGUUCCCGGACCCUUCUGCAAAUUAUGGAGGUAUGAGCCAUUCAGCCAACCCAGCUGGUCGAGCAACGCCAGGAACACCAUCAACACCGACUACUCCUGGCUCGCACCAUGGAACUCCGGGCCAACAGAGGACGCCGCAGAAUAACAUGCCACCGCCACUGUACAACCAGAAUACGAUGACAUCUCCGAGCCAUGGACCAAAUGGAACAACACCUCAGAAGCAGCAUCCAAGUCCCAUGGGAUCAUCGUUGCCGCCGUUGAAUGGACAUUACACGCCUCUGAGCCACAACUUGCAAUCACCGGCUGCCACCACACCAACCAGUGAGCCAACUUUCAAGGAGCCUGCUAUGCCUAUUCGCCAUUCGCCAUCCAUGCCGGCACCACCAUCCGGUGCUCCACCAGCAUACACCGCCCCAAGCAAUUCCACAAGGACACCUGAGGCUUCUACUGCCUCGACGAGCACGCAGCCGACACCACCACGAGCUGCAUCGCCAACGUUUGCGGUGCCAGCGCUUCCGGCCACACGUACUCAGGCUUCAUCAUCAACUAAUCAGGUUUCGACUAAACCAAAAACAUCACCUCAGAAAAAACGAGGAGGAGACGAGAGUAGUGGUGUUCCUGAGCCACCGUCUCAGGAUACACCAUUUACAAUGGUGACUCAUUGGGAUCUUCCUCCCGCUAUGACUAACAUUAAGGACUCGUUAUCGCUAGGAUCUGAUGUAACUCAAACCGCUUUUGUAUUUUAUUUAAUUUUGUUUUGUUUUCAGAAGAUGAGCGCGCAAGUCGAAAAACAAUAUUUUUCAAGGAAGCGUCAACCACUCAAAUAUCCAUAUCCCGAAGGAGCUAACGCUAGUACCGCACCUGUCACCGAGCCCAACACAUUCGGAUUCAUCGAAGGAAGCAAAUACUUUGACAAGAAGCUCGGCCGAAAAGUCACUUGCCAGCCUCAAAUGGCACCUCCAGUGCUUUCCCGGUCGCAAUCAAUGCACUCCACAAUGGUUUCUCCUGGUUUCGCAGCUCCUCAACCACCAAGUGGCGGUGGACGGCAACCGGCGAAAAAAGCUAGAAGUGCCUCUGACGCCUCUGAGCCCUCAUUCAAUAUGCCUCUUCCGCCGUCGAGGCAAGCGAUUAGGCCGGCACCGGAUCCGCGACAAAUGCAGCAAAUGCAACAGAUGCAGCAAAUGCAUCAAUAUCAGCAAAUGCAGAUGCAGAAGAUGCAUCAUCAACAGCAAAUGGCUCAUAUGGCAAGGAUGGGACAAGGAGCACCAGACAUGCCGUCUAAUAUGCCGCCGAAUAUGGCUCAACAUAUGCCGCCAAAUCAGCCAUCGACGUCCACAGCUGGAGGAAUCUCACCGGCGCCAUUAGGCAGCCAACUCCCACCGUUUGGUACCCCGGCUCUUCAGAGAGCAGAAUCGAUGCCAGCACUACCAUCCCAACAACCACCACCAUUGGGACCACCAAUGACAUCGCAUAUGGGUGGACCAGGAAUGCCAAACGGGAAUCCACAAACAGAAGACCAGACGGCCAGCACCAGUACUGGCAACCACCGUCCCAGCACCAAUGGACUGCCCCCUCUGACUUUGCGAAACCCGGUCCAGGAUGGGAGACAAAACCAUGACUACUCAUUCAUGGGCUCCAAUCCUUCUACAUCUAAUUCCGCUCCUUCUCAACAAGAACACUGUGCGGGUUGUCAUAAUUUUAUCUUGCCCGGGUCUCCUACCCUGUUAUGUAUGUAUCACGAGUGCAAGAAUAGGUAUCACCGCGAAUGUACUCGUCUCUCCUCCAUCGCCUUCAAUCACUUCUCCGGUACGCCUCAGGCUCGUUGGGUUUGUCCGACAUGCGAGGCUCAAGUUCGUCCUCCUCCUCCCAUGCCGAUGCAACAUGCUUAA